AUGGAUUCUUCAAAACUGUUGCUCACAUUCGCGCUCGUGGUUACAAUGUCCAUCUCCUACGAUCUUUUCUCCGGGAUAGGAAUAAACGCGAGAACUGUGCCUCCGACUUGUUACGAGGGUUGUAACGCAACGUUUCAUAAUCCAGAAUGUAACAUUUGUAUAGGAUUGGCUUAUAAAGAUGGUAGUUGCUUUGACCUUGAAGGUCCUUCUAAACAACCUUAUUAUCGUUGUUGUUGCAACCCUAUAAUUCUUUCACCUCCUUCUCUUUGA